AUGGUAGGCGAGAAUCUGUUGCACACAAUGGUGAAAACGAAUGAUCUUGAGAGUGUGCUGUUUCUUCUGAGCACCCAAAUUGAUGCCACUCGAGUAACGAUAGACGGAUCUAAACGCAGUGCAUUACAUUAUGCGGCUGAUGUUGAUAACGAAUUGAUACUGCGAAAUCUGAUACUCGCCGGUUGUGAUGUAGAUGCUAGAGCAACCGAUGGUAGCACAGCUCUACAUGUAGCAGUUCGUGCUAAUCGUCCCACCCAUGCUGAGAUUUUACUGGAAAACGGAGCGAAUCCUAAUGUAGUCGAUGACAGAUCCGAAAAUGCCCUACUUGCCGCUGUCCGAUGUGGCAGUGCAGAUUGCGUAAGAAUAUUGAUUUCUAAUUCAAACGUUGAUGGCUUGGCUGUAAACAAAAAUUGCCAGUCAGCGUUGCAUCUUUGUUCUAUGUUAACUGGUGAGAAGGUUCGUCCCAAAAGUUCCCCAGCUGAAAUAUGUGAUUUAUUGCUGAGGCGAGAAGCAGGCAGGCUUGCAGAUAAGGACUUUGGUGCAUAUGUUGAUCUACGCGAUGCAGAUGGAAACACCGGUAAAUUUGAAUUCUUUGCGACCAAGUAUGAACAAAGAAAUAAGCAAUUCACUGAGGAUAAUUUAGCUCUUCUGCUGGCUUAUAUGGCUGGUAACGGCGAUGUUUGCCGUUGUCUUCUUCGCGGAGGUGCCACCAUGGGAGCCAGAAAUGCCGAAGGAGCAACGAUGUUUACCUAUGAAACACCUACACGACUAUUAUUGUUCAGGCUGUUA